UUCGUCCCCCAUCAUGCCUCGCGUCUCACUGUCUCCUCCCCCGCUGACUCUCACCCUCCUCCCUCUGUUGGACCAGCUGCUCCCCUCGCUGCCCGCCACCGUGCGGGACGCGGACGUGCCUCCGCUGCUCCGGCGGCGCUUCGUGCUGUCGGGGUACCGUCCUCUGGGCCUGUCGUGGCGCUGCUGCGUCCUCAGCCUCUUCCAGAUCCAUAAUGAGACGGUGAACGCGUGGAGCCACCUGUUGGCGGCCGCCUGCCUGCUGAUGCGCUUCCUGGCGUUCGCCGUCCUGCAGGGAGGGGGCAUCCUGGGCUUCCGGCUGCAGGGUCCUGAGGGUCAGGGCUUCUCUGUGGACGUCUCGUCGCUUCCUCUCGUCCUCUAUGUUUUCUCCACGGUUACAUGGCUCAGCUGCAGCGCCGCAGCUCACCUGCUGCAGUCCCACUCGGAGCAGACGCACCGCGCGCUCUUCCUCCUCGGCUACGUGGGCGUGGGCGUCUACCAGUACGGCGGUGCUCUGGCCCUGUGGCUCUACAGCUCAGAUGGCGCCUGGACACAAAGCAUGCUGGGACAGGUCUUCCUCCCGGCUGCUGCUCUCCUCGCCUGGUUCUCCUGCAGCGUCUUGUGCCACGCGAAGCUCCAGUCUGCGCACAGGAAGUUCUGCCACGCGGUCCCGCUCGCGUGCUCCUGUCUUCUGGGCAUCAGCCCUGUUGCCCACCGUCUCACCGCCCACCGCUGGUCCACUCCUUCUGUGCUUGUGCUGCACUUCCUGCAGGUGGUGCUGCUUCUGUUGUCAGCCGCCUUCUUCGCUUGCCCCGUCCCGGAGCGAUUCUCCCCGGGCUCCUAUGACGUCAUCGGCCACAGCCACCAGCUCUUCCACGUUCUGUCAUCCAUCUGCACACUCGUCCAGCAGGAGGCGCUCUUCCAGGACUUCCUCUGGCGGCGGCCGGGGCUGGUGAGGGAGCUCGGAGGGAGGCGUCUGCUGCUGGCCUGCGCCUCCUUCCCCUGCCUGGCGUUGAGCUGCCUGACGACGGCACUCGCCAUGAUGAGAAAAGCACGAGCCCGACUGAAGACAGAGCAAAGAUAGAGGAAGACGAAGCUUAGAAGACGGCGCCCCCUCAACGUGCACAGAUGCUUUGAGGCACAUGAGGCUCCCCCCAGAGGACGGGUUGAAAUGCAGAGGUUAAUUUCCCCAAUGUGGAAUGAAUAAAGUUCAAUUCUAUUCAGUUA